UUUUUUUUCGAAUAUCAACCAUGAAUUCUUUCAAGAAAUUGUUCCAAGAGUCCCACGACGACAGGACGCCCUCACUCAAGCACUCUAAAUCGAUGACAUAUGGACUGUCUUCACAAGGGAGCACGCGUGACCCUCGCGCUGAUCCUGUAAAACUCACGUACCGUGGUAAGACUCCCCUCAAAACUUCAGACAUCGUCUACAUCGAGCAAGCUCCGGGGGUAUUGGACAUCCGUCACGCGCAAGAUCUCCGAGACCUUACACCACCUCGUGCCCACUUGGACACGUACGCGGACUUGUUAGACCAGUUUCCCAAUCCCCCACCACCACCUCCGAGGCCCCCUCGCAGCGCCUUAAGAACGACUUCAUUGAACUCAAAGAAUAGUGGGCCCCAACUUCCCCUGCAGAACUGCAACACAAGCUAUCAGCAUGUCGCAGGCAGACAAAGAACGACUCAGCGGCGUCCUUCAGUCGUGUGCUUUUCGCGGCCCACUACCACUGCCUACCCUUCCCUUGUCCGCAAACAGCGGCAUGAGGCCACCGAUGAUCAAGCUGUCGCGAGUGUGUUGCAAACAGCUGACGGCCAGGUUUGCGUAGCGGUGAGCGGUAGACAGGCGGACUAUGUACGCGUCAACUCGAGCGCUGGUCGCUCGCACAGCUCUGCUCCUGUUCCCCCUGCUUGCCCCAUUCCUACCACCAACUCCCAGCGUCCACCCAUCUCGCAUUCUGCAUACAGCUCGCGUACAAACCUGCGGCGGGUUCCGUCUCGCAUCACCAUUCCACGCAUUGCUGCUCCUGAUCAUGGACAGUCUUACAAGCUUCACAAAGAUUAUCGUGAUUUUUUGCGAGAGCAGGACCCGAACGUCAUCAGUGCGAUGAUCAAUAAUUAUCCGAAAGCUCCUCGCGACGACCCUUCGCAAGAGCCUAUCCUGUUUGACAUGGAGGAUCCAAGCGACUUCAGGAAGACACUUAGUUACUUCAUUUAUUUGGCGCUAGCACAGGGUUGUCCCCUCGAUGCACGCGCUGAUGGCUUUUACCACCGCAUCAUUAACGCGGGUGAUCCAACUGGCGUCGCGCCGGAGGUUGGCGCUGAUUGGUCUCAGCAGGUGGAAAAUCGCUGAACCUGUACAGAAGAAGGUUAGUUUGUGAAGAUAGAGUCUAUGCGCUGUUCUACUUAAGUAUGUAUGUUGUAAAUUAUUGUGCAUAUGGAUAUGAACUAUGAAAAUGAAUCUACU